CAGCUACUGAGGCAAAGGUCCAUGCCACUCUUCAAGCUUCAGCAUCUGCAGUUGUCUGAUGUGUGUCAUUUUUCAACAUCUGGCUGAAAAUAGGCUGAGUUGAAGUGCGCACACAUCUGACAGAAACUGACACACAGUGAGCGCUCGGCCGUGUAACGAGGAUCUCCACUUUCACCUGUUGCAGUGGCACUGCUCCAACUCUAUGAACAGUGGUGCAGCUGAAUCCUGAAUGAAUCAUGUCAGACUCUAUACUGGAAGAAGUCUUCAUUAAAAGAUCUCAACAGAAGAAGAAGACCUCACCUUUAAACUACAAAGAGAGAAUGUUUGUUCUCACAGCAGAAAAAAUAUCCUACUAUGACUUUGACACAGACAAAAUGCAGAAGCGAAAAGGUCUGAAAGGGUCAGUUGACCUAGAGAAGAUCAAGUGUGUAGAGAUAGUCCAGCCAGAGCCCAAUGCCCCACAAGAGCGCAUGUAUCCAUUCCAGGUCAUUUAUGAUGAAGGGCCACUGUAUAUAUUUUCUAAGACUGAAGACACCCGGGUUGCGUGGAUAAAGAAGCUCAAAGAAUUGGUGCGCUUCAACAGCGAUCUGACGCAGAAGUACCAUCCAUGCUUCUGGGUUGAUGGGGUGUGGUUGUGCUGCCACCAGGAAGUUAAACAGGCCAUGGGUUGCAAAGUGCUUGAUAGUAAGAAUGGAGUGACAUCACAGCUAUCUCGAAGGUCAACAAGGAAGCCGCUUCCUCCAACCCCAGCAGAGAAAAAGCCUACUCGUCCUUUACCUCCACAGCCUCCUGACCCACCAGCGUCCUCUGCAGGCAUGACUGUUGUAGCUGAGUACAGUUACACACCCAUGACACCACAAGACCUGGAGCUAAGGAAGGAUGAGGAGUACACCAUCCUGGAAAAGUCCGAUGCAAACUGGUGGAGAGCUCGAGACAAAUAUGGAAAAGAGGGUUAUAUACCAAGCAAUUAUGUUGUAGAAGCUGAAGAUGGGCUAGAAAGAUUCGACUGGUAUUGCAAGAAUAUGAACCGUAGUCAAGCAGAAAAACUGUUAAAGGCUGAGAACAAAGAUGGCGGCUUCUUGGUGCGGGACUCCAGCAAGGCUGGGAAAUACACUGUGUCUCUGCUCACAAGGGGUGGCGGGGAAGCUGUUGGAAGCUGCCGACAUUAUAACAUCUGCACCACCCAGCAGAGCCAGUAUUACUUGGCAGAAAAGCAUAAUUUUAACACCAUCGCAGAGCUUAUCAACUAUCACCAGCACAACGCAGCAGGCAUGGUUAGCAGACUGAAACACAUCGUAUCUAACCGGGCACGGCCCCCAUCCACAGCAGGCCUUGGUUAUGGUGUGUGGGAGAUUGACCCACACUUACUCACCUUCAUCAAGGAGUUGGGAUCUGGACAAUUUGGAGUGGUGAAGUAUGGGAAGUGGCAGGGACAGCAUGAUGUGGCCAUUAAAAUGAUUAAAGAGGGCUCCAUGUCAGAAGAUGAUUUCAUAGAAGAAGCAAAAAUCAUGAUGAAGCUUCGCCAUGAGAACCUGGUCCAGCUCUAUGGCGUGUGCACCAAACAAAGGCCUAUUUAUAUAGUGACCGAGUACCUUGCAAACGGCUGCCUCCUCACAUACCUCAAGGAGGGCCUGAAGCAGCACCCAACAAGCAUCCAGCUGCUAGAGAUGUGUAAAGAUGUCGCUGAGGGCAUGGCCUACCUCGAGUCACACCAGUACAUCCACAGAGACCUGGCUGCCAGGAACUGUUUAGUAGAUGGAAAUGGCACUGUCAAAGUGACUGACUUUGGGCUAUCAAGGUAUGUUUUAGAUGAUGAAUACACAAGCUCAGUUGGCUCAAAGUUCCCUGUCCGCUGGUCGCCACCCGAAGUCCUUCUUUACUGCAAAUUCAGCAGUAAGUCUGACAUCUGGGCAUAUGGGGUUUUAAUGUGGGAGGUGUACACUCUGGGACGGCUUCCUUAUGAGCGCCUCAACAACACGGAAAUAGUGGACCAGGUGUCCCGGGGCCUGCGCCUCUUUCGCCCCCAGUUGGCCAACGAAAGAGUUUACAGCAUUAUGUCAAGCUGCUGGCUUGAUAAAGCAGAGGAGAGACCAAACUUUCAGGAACUGGCGCUGACUGUUCAGGAUCUGCUAUAUGAGCUCCAGUAGGACUCCGAAUAAUGUAUCAGCACAAAACAUCGACAGUUCACUCAGAAGCCCACAGAGUCGUAUCUUCAGAUGCCCCUGGAAAGAUAACAGUCAGUGAAAGUAACAGCACAGCGAAGUCCUCUGAAAUGUGAAUAUGUGUACUGUGAAUAUCACUGUUGCUCACUGAUUAUACUAUCCUUUCCAUCCCAUAAGUAGAAGUACAUUCCUAUAGAGUAGCAUUUCAAUUGUGUACAUUUUAUUAAAGAGCACCGGAUUGAGUUUGUAUGUAUGUAGUGAAUUUUGUGAAAUAUUUGUUGAAUGUGUAAACAUCUUUGCAUGUCUAAACAAGCUUUGUACGCGCAUAUGUAUUGCACAAAUAAAAGCCAAGUAUACCAGGCUUUGAAAUGUUUGAAACAUCAUCAUGUGGGAUGAAAAUUAAAAAUGAAAAUGUGCAAAAGAUGGAAUGAAAAUUUCCAACCAUGCGACAGACCUGCUGUAUUCACGGAUGGCGUUAUCCUCACCGAACUGAAAACAAACGCGUAAACACACCCUCAAAUGGAUACGGCUGUUACGAACUGCGGUCAAGUGAGCCCUCACUUACGAAGUCACAGUCAAGCUAGCCGCUCCGCCAGCCGCACCGAAAAUGUGGUUGCACUACUCUUACGUAUAUUACGGUAUGGGUGAAGACUGGCUUAGAAACGCAGUGUUUUGUGUCCUGACACUAUUUUACUUCACAAUCCACUCCCAGUUUUAGUGUAUCUCCA